AAAACUAAUAUUAUAAUGCAUAUAUCAAGACCCAGUAACCUAAUGUCUGUUUUGCACAGUUCAGUUAGGAGGAGAAGAGAAAAAAGAAGACCGAGCAAAGAAGAAGAGGUUCUUCUUCUUCUGGUUCUCUGAGUCUCAUAAUGGGUGCCCAGGUCUCCAAACAGGUAACGCGGCGAAAAGCGAUCUCAACCGAGAAGAAAACUCUCUGUGAUCUUCGCGAGAGCUGUGGUCAUGAGUUCCCUUGUUGUGACUACCAUCCUCCUGAUAGGAAAAACUGGAUGUCUGAUCUCAACCCUGAGAAGAUUCACAUAAACAAGAUUGUAUGGCCUGGGACCCAUGAUUCUGCAACCAACAAGAUUGGAAUUCCAUGCAUUACUCGGCCUUUUGCACAAUGCCAAUCUUUGUCUAUUUACGAUCAGCUGGUAAUAGGCACCCGCGUUCUUGAUGUCCGAGUUCAGGAGAACCGCCGGGUCUGUCAUGGAGUUCUGCUUACAUAUAGCAUUGAUGUUGUCAUCAAAGACAUCAAGAAGUUCUUGUCUGAGACCCAAUCAGAGAUCAUAAUACUCGAAAUCCGUACCGAGUUCGGGCACGAGGAUCCUCCUGAUUUUGACAAGUACCUGGAGGAACAGCUUGGCGAGUUUCUGAUCCACCAGGAUGAUCAUGUCUUUGAGAAGACAAUUGCAGAAUUGUUGCCAAGGAGAGUCAUUUGUGUAUGGAAGCCAAGGAAGACUCCUCAGCCCAAGAAAGGAGGCUCCUUGUGGAGUGCUGGGUAUCUGAAGGAUAAUUGGAUUGACACGGACUUGCCCUCGACCAAGUUUGAGAGCAAUAUGAAGCAUCUGAGCGAGCAGCCACCGGUUACCUCCAGGAAAUUCUUUUACAGGGUUGAGAACACAGUUACCCCUCAAGCUGAUAAUCCAGUUUUAUGUGUUAGACCGGUCACCGGGCGGAUCCAUGGAUAUGCUAGGACUUUCAUAACUCAAUGCUGCUCUCGUGGUUGUGCUGAUCGGUUGCAGAUAUUCUCGACGGAUUUUAUAGAUGGGGACUUUGUUGAUGCCUGCGUUGGUCUUACACAGGGAAGGAUUGAAGGAAAGUCCUAAUCUAUUUUAUAUGUCUGCUUCUUAUUCUCCUAUUAUAGAUAUCCUCAAUCUCGAUCUGUAUCAUAUUCUUUGUUAUUGUUGAGAGUUCGAUCUGUAUCAUAUUCUUCGUUAUUGUUGAGAGUUCUUAAAGUACUACUUGUGAUUUGUUGAUUUGUGUGCUAUUGUUGUGCUUCAAUUAGAAUGUAAUGUAGUGAUGUAUACAGAGUUGUCUUGUGUAUAGAGAGUUGUCAUUGUAUAUUUAUCAUGAUUUGGAGUGUGAAUAAUGUUUGUGGGUAUGUAAUGGAGUUAUAUUUGCCAUUUUGCAUUUCUAA